GUAACAGUUAGUAGGGGAAGUUCAUGGAAAGGAAACAUUUUGGUACCGCAUAUAGAACUGUAUAGAACUUCCAUGUUCGCUCGAAUCGAUAAUACGUUGGAAACUGUUGAUAUUAUAUGAAUGUUUGCACUUAGCAAACCUUCUCUUUAAUCUUUUUCUAAAAUAGAAUUAGUCAAACGUAUUUACAAUGCAGAGUGUUAUUAAUUCCGUAAAAGGCACUGCUCUUGGUGUUGCCGAAUAUUUAACCCCUGUUUUAAAGGAAAGUAAGUUUCGAGAAACUGGAGUUUUAACACCGGAGGAGUUUGUGGCAGCAGGCGAUCAUUUGGUGCAUCAUUGUCCAACUUGGCAAUGGGCUAUCGGUGAUGAAGAUCGGGUAAAAUCGUAUCUUCCCAAGAAUAAACAAUUCUUAUUAACACGCAAUGUUCCUUGUACUCGUAGAUGCAAGCAGAUUGAAUACAGUAAAGAACAAGAAUGCAUUAUAGAAGCAGAUGAUUCAGAGGGUGGUUGGGUAGAUACUCAUCACUAUGAUACUACUCUUGGUGGAGUCGAAGAAAGAGUAUCUGAAAUGACAUUAGAAGAAACACAACAUCCUCAAUCAAUUAAUGCAGAAGACAAUAAUGAAGACGAUGACGAAGAUGAUUAUGAGGAUGCUGCUGAUAUGGAAGCUUUUGAAGUCAGUGGAAUGUUGGAUGAACAAGAUAAGUUUGCAGCAGAAACGACAAAGAAAUCAGUGAAAGAAAAAUGGGAACCAUUUUCUGAAGGAGAGAUUAUUCACACACGCACAUAUGAUUUGUACAUCACAUACGAUAAAUAUUACCAAACCCCUCGGUUAUGGCUUUCAGGAUACGAUGAGAUUCGUAAGCCUCUCACAGUAGAAGAAAUGUAUGAAGAUGUAAGUCAAGAUCAUGCCAAGAAAACUGUUACAAUGGAGAUUCAUCCACAUAUACCUGGACCACCAAUGGCCUCUGUUCAUCCUUGCAGACACGCGGAGGUAAUGAAGAAAAUAAUUGAAACAGUAAUGGAAGGUGGUCGUGAACUUGGCGUACACAUGUAUUUGAUAAUAUUUCUCAAAUUUGUGCAAUCUGUAAUCCCUACAAUUGAGUAUGAUUAUACACAAAAUUUUAUGCUAAACGCAUCUAGUUAAGAGCUUUAUAAAUUUUUAUUGUACCUUGAAGAUGAUCGUGGCUUUAGUUUUUAAGUAUAUAAUAAAUACUGAAACUAAAAGGACUGUGCAUAUAAGAUAAUAAACACGCUUAUGUUCAUAAAAUUAUAAUAUUUGCACCUUUAAAGAGCUGUUAAAUAUAAAUUCGAUUUUGACUGGUUCCAUUUUUAUAAGUCAUUCCUUAAAAUUAGUUACAAUUUUUCAUUUUGUUACAACAACUAUUUUUAUGAGGAUAUGAAACCAUUUAUCAUUUAAUAAAGGAUACGUUUAACGUAAAACCA